AUGGUUGGACGUCUGGCUGGCAAGAACGCCAUCAUCACCGGUGCCGCGGGCGGCAUUGGUCUUGAGACUGCAAUUCUCUUCGCCAAGGAGGGCGCCAACGUCCUUCUGGCCGACAUCUCCGAGCCUGCCUUGGAAAAGGCCGUCGCAAAGGUCAAGGAGCUCGUCCCCUCAGCCCCUCGUCUGGAAACCCGAAAAUGCGACGUCUCCAAGGAGGCCGAUGUCCAGGCCAUGAUCGAGUCUCUCGACUCCUGGGGCGGUCUCGACGUCAUCUUCAACAACGCCGGCAUCAUGCACGCCAACGAUGACGAUGCCAUCAACACGCCCGAGGCCAUCUGGGACCUCACCCAGAACAUCAACGUCAAGGGCGUCUGGUUCGGCUGCAAGCACGCCGUCCUGGCUCUGCGCCGCAACAAGAAGACCAAGGGAUCCAUCAUCAACACCGCCUCCGUCGUCGCCCUCGUCGGUGCCGCCACCCCUCAGCUGGCCUACACAGCCUCCAAGGGCGCGGUGCUUGCCCUGACGCGCGAGCUGGCCAUGGUGCACGCCCGCGAGGGCUUCCGCUUCAACAGCCUGUGCCCUGCGCCUCUCAACACGCCUCUGCUGCAGGACUGGCUGGGCGACGACAAGCCCAAGCGCCAGCGCCGUGAGAUUCACUUCCCCACCGGCCGCUUCGGCGAGGCGGUGGAGCAGGCUCACGCAGUCGUGUUCUUGGCCAGCGACGAGGCCAGCUUUGUCAACGGCAGCGACUUUGUGGUGGAUGGUGGCAUGACCAAGGCAUAUGUCACUCCUGAGGGACCUGCGGCACCUGCGCCGACCAACAAUGCUUUGAAGACUUCUUUGGACUAA